AUGGCCUCUUGGUACAACGCCGACACAACAGCCUCUACGCUGGUCGAUGACCUGGCCAGCGAGAUCAAGGACAAGGUUAUUCUGGUGACUGGAGUGUCGUCUGGCGGGCUGGGCGCCACAUUUGCUCUGGCGGUUGCCAAGGCCCGCAACCCGGGCAAAACCAAGGAGACAGCCAACGCCAUUGCCCAAUCCUCUCCACACGUCCGCACUCGGGCCCUGGAGCUAGAUCUCGGCUCACUUGCCAAGGUCCGCGAAGCCGCGAACCAGGUCAACUCGUGGGACCAUGUCCCCGCCAUCGACGUCCUGGUCAACAAUGCUGGCAUCAUGGCAGUCCCCUAUUCCGUGUCUCCCGACGGAUUCGAGAGCCAACUAGCCACCAACCAUUUGGGCCCUUUCCUUUUCACUAACCUGAUAAUGGAAAAGAUUCUUGCCUCCAAAUCGCCGCGCGUCGUCAAUGUCAGCAGCGAUGGCCACCGUCUGGGCCCAUUCCGGUUCGAUGACUACAAUUUCCACGGCGGCGACUCUUACAACAAAUGGCGGGCCUAUGGCCAAUCCAAGACGGCGAACAUGCUAUUCGCCCUUUCCCUGGCCGAGAAGCUGGGACCAAAGAGUGGCCCACAUGCCUUGGCCGAGAAGCUAAAGCCAAAGAGCGGGUUGUUGCUUGCCUUUAGCCUGCAUCCGGGGGUGAUCACGCAGACUAGUCUGAGUGGCAGCUUGGAUUGGGCAACAGACCUCCCGGGUUUACGUGAUGCCGACAAAGCGAUCGGGAAUCGGGAAGCAUGGGAAGAAUUUAAGGCGAAAACACCGGAACAAGGCGUCGCAACUCACGUCUAUGCCGCCUUUCACCCCGAAUUGAAGACACACAGCGGAGCGUACCUCCAGGAUUCUCAUAUCGCCGAUCCAUGGGUAGAUACAGUCAAGCCGUGGGGGACCAGUCUGGUGGAGGCCGAGAAGUUAUGGAAGUUGAGCGAGAAACUGGUGGGACAAGAGUUCGUGUACUGA